UUCCCGCCAAAUUGAGGCAAAUGUUCACCGCUGAAAGUAAACACUGAAGUAUAACAUAACCAGCAGGUGCAAAUCAGAGUUGAUCAGAUGUUCUGUUAGCGCUGUACGCCGAGGAGGAAAUAUUCCCCGAAAAAUACCGAAAUCGAUCAUGGGUUCGCAUGAAGCGAGCUUUUGCGCCAAAGUAAUGAAAUCAUUGAAUGACUUCAGGAAGGAAGGAACGCUAUGCGAUGUUACACUGAGUGUACAGGGCACAACUUUCCCUGCGCAUCGGAACGUCCUUUCCGCAAACAGUGAGUUCUUCAAGGCUUUGUUCGCCAAUGAGAUGAAGGAAAAAGCUGAAAAUACCGUUCACAUGGAAGAAUUUGAACCCCAUGUUAUGGAACAGCUGCUGACCUACAUGUAUGGUGGUGGAAUAAACAUCAAAAAAGACAACGCUCUUGAUUUAGCUAUUGGUGCAGAUUUCUUGUUUUUGACCGAGCUGAAACAGAAGGCUUGUGAAUUUCUGAUUAGCGACUUGAACUCGGACAACUGCCUGUUUCUUUUGUACAUGGCCGAAAAGUACAAUGUGAGAGAACUUCGUGACAGCGCCCAAAAACACAUUCUCGAAAAUUAUGUCCCUGUGGCAGCCAGCAGUGGAUUUGUAACCCUGACUAUAGAGCAGCUGCUCGCCAUUGUAUCCAGCGACGAUCUCGUCGCUAGAGAGGAGAAAAUAUUCGAAUCUGUGGUAAAGUGGACCAAGAAUAGCUUGGAGACAAGAAAGAAGCACUUUUCUACCCUGUUUUUACACAUUCGCCUGGUCUACUUGGCGAGAUGUUACUUGAUUACUACGGUACAAGAGGAGGACUUGGUUAAGAGUGACGAAUCUUGUUUACGCCUUGUCAAUGCCGCCAAAGAGUUCUUCUCAUCUCCCAAGGGAACUGUACAAGGUAACAGUGACCAGUGCCCACGGCCUCGUGCGUGUCAAACUGCAAUCCUUAUGGUGGGAGGUUGGCAGGAAGAUUGUGACAUCACAGCUUCUUCAAACGUGUUUGUGCCAAGCAUCAAGCAAAUGUUUCAGGUUUCCCCAAUGUUGACCCCCAGAAAGAAUCAUGGCAUUGCCAUACAUGAAGGAUUGGUGUAUGUAGUGGGUGGGACCACAAAAAAUGGCAGUGUCACAAGAAGUGCUGAGCUCUAUGACCCAAGGACCAAUACAUGGUCCAGUGUGUUAUCGAUGCGAAGGGAAGUGGCUGGUGUAGGCGUGGCCGUGGUUGGGGACUUUCUUUACGCUGCUGGGGGGCAUGAUGCAAAAGGCAGGCCACAGAACCUUGUCCAGCGCUACAGUCCCAAGAUAAACAAAUGGGAAAUUGUUGCAUCAAUGAAUGCUUCUCGCACAAGGCACUGUGUGGUUGGUUCAACGUAUUUAUAUGUAUUUGGUGGAUAUUCCAGCGAUGAGGAUAUUCCUUUGAUGUCUGCUGAAUGUUAUGAUCAUUCAUCAGGUUCUUGGGUUGAAAUUGCUCCUAUGAACAGACGUCGUUCUGAUGCCUGUGCUGUUAGUGUACAUAGCAAGAUCUUUGUUAUUGGUGGGGAAGACAUUUUAGAAUCACCCAUCAAAUUAGCUUCUUGUGAGGUGUACGACCCUACAACCAACCGGUGGACUGCUAUAGCAUCUACCCAGCAGCCACGGUCACAUGCUGGGGCAGCAGUAAUUGAGAACAAGGUUUUUGUACUAGGUGGAGUCAACAAACAUAAUAGAGAGCUGAGGAGUGUUGAAUGUUACAACACAGAUCAACAGGAAUGGGAGGAACUGGCAAGUUUGCCAGUGGGACUUGAAGGAUUUGCAUGCUGUACUAUCACAGUUCCUGGUGAAUUGAUGCCAGUGUUGGUUUAAUAAACAACAAAUGAUGUAUGAUAAGCACCACAUGUUAAAGUCCACAUAAUCUAAUGUCGGUCACUGGACUCUACCUGACCUUGUAACUCAAACAGAAUUCCCACAAAGGCGACUCUUAUGCAGUCACAGCAAGUACGUUAUGAAUAGAAAAGCUAUUACCAGUAAUAAUAAAUAUUAGAAUAGACUGAAGAAAUAUAAAACUGAUAAAGGCAUUGCCAGUAGCAAAUGUCAUAUUUUUUUCAGAAAACAUCCUUAACCCUCACCUGGAAAGUUCUUUGGUUUGAGUCCCACACUCGCCCCUCUGUAAAAAAUGCAAUCUUAUUUAUAGUGGUCAUGCACUUAGCUAUACAAGCACUAAGCUUAGCUAGUUUACAGG